ACGAUCAGAGAAACGCCUCCUCCUCCUCCUCUCCCUCUGUAUUUAUGUCAACCUCAGUCACAGCUCACCCAGUCUCAGCUUACUGUUAAUAAGAGCACAAUCAUGGCCGCUAACAGGGUGAUCGUGUAUGGCGGGAGAGGCGCUCUGGGCUCCAAGUGUGUCCAACAUUUCAAAUCCAACGGCUGGUGGGUCGCUUGCAUCGACAUGGCUGUUAACGAGGAGGCAAACGAAAACGUGAUAGUGAAGAUGAGCGAGUCUUUCACUGAGCAGGCUGGACAGGUGACGGCAGACGUGGCCCAGUUGCUAGGGGACAAAAAAGUGGACGCCAUCCUGUGUGUGGCAGGAGGAUGGGCAGGAGGAAAAUGUAGUUCCAAAGAUUUGUACAAAAACACAGAUCUGAUGUGGAAGCAGAGCGUGUGGACCUCCACUAUCUCCAGCCACCUCGCCGCUCUGCACCUCAAACCAGGCGGACUGUUGACUUUGGCCGGAGCUAAAGCGGCUCUCUCGGGGACCGGAGGCAUGGUCGGGUAUGGCAUGGCCAAAGCUGCCGUCCACCAGCUGUGUCGGAGUCUAGGAGCAGAAAACAGUGGGAUGCCAUCAGGAGCCGCCGCUGUGGCCAUAUUACCGGUUACCUUGGAUACGCCGAUGAACAGGAAGUUCAUGCCUGACGCAGAUUUCGGUUCCUGGACGCCGCUGGAGUACAUUGCAGAACUCUUUUUCAACUGGGCCACCGGGGUGAGCCGGCCGGCCUCAGGAAGCCUGAUGCAGCUGCUGACCUCCGGAGGGGAAACCCAGGCUGUGGCCGCUCCGUAGAGGACGGAGUGGAGCUGCAGAGAUGUUGAUGAGAGGGGUGGGGGGAGGAAGCAGAGAGAGGGGGAGGUGAGGAGACUGGAGGAGAGAGGGGAAGGAGAGUUGGAGAGAUAGGAGUGAUGAAGAGGGUGUAGAGGUGAAGAAGAGAGAUGGUGACAGAGAGGAGCUAAAUAAAAUAGGGAGGUGGAGAGGAGACGGCCAGAUGUGUUUGCUUUGGAGUGGAGAUGAAGAGAGGGUGGGGGGGUGGCUUUCUUUGUAAGUGCGGCCUCACAGUGCCAUCUAGCUGUAGAUCACUUCCUGGUAAUAAAACCACCGGCCAGUCUGAGACGAACAUUCAAGGGUGAAGUUUUCAGCCGUUCACAGAAAAAUGUAUUUAAAGUAUUCAGACUUAUUUCAGAGAUCAGUGAAGUGAUAUUGUGCUAAAUGAGAAUCAUGAUAUAAAAACGUGUGUGUGUGUGUGUGUGUGUGUGUGUGUGUGUGGCACGAGUGUGGAAGCAGCCACCAAAGAAGAUGCAUAUAAAAGUUUGUGAUCCCAUGCCGCUGUAAUUCUAUGUCAUAACAAUGUAGAGCGUUGAAGAAAACGAAUGAGCCGUGUGUUAACCUCCUCUUUACUCCUCUUUCAUGUGGACCCCCGUCCCUCUAAAAUGAAUUCCAACAGCUUCAUACCGACAUUAGCUACAGUCAUUUCCUGUAACAUCUGUGAAAUUCAGUCCUUUGUGCCGUGUGAGAUAUGUAGACCUUUUUAGUUUUCACUGUUUAGAGUCCCCCGAAGGUCGUCUGCCACUUGCGGAGCCUCAAAGCCGAAGGAAGCCGCUGUCUUCUCUCAAACGUACAAUACGCUUUAAAGUGGAGUGGCCUUAUUUCAUGUUUGUAGCUAUCAAGUCGAAGUGUCCUUGGUGUCCGCAGUAUGAAAAAGCUGCUCUGUUCCUGUAGGUUUUUCUACGGCGUGUGUCGUAACUGUGUCAAAAUUCACAAUAAAACGAGUCAAAAUGAAA